AGAUCUAUCUUACAACCAAUUUUCAGGAACUCUUCCAACCUGGACCAAUGACACAACUUUGAAAGUGAAUUUGGUAGGAAAUUACUUGGAAAUAACGGAGACAAAUAAUGGAUUCUCACUUUGCAAUUAACUGUGGCGGCUCGCAAACGACUUCCCAGCAAGGAAUUGAUUACGAACGUGACAACGAAACACUUGAUCCCGCCUCAUUUUAUGUGAGUGAUACACUAAAGUGGGGAGUUUCUAAUACUGGACAAUUUCAGGGCACUCCCCCCCACAAUUUUACAGAAUCUAGUCCAUCUCAAUUUACAAAUACACUAGAUGCAGAACUCUACCAAAUGGCACGCUUAUCUCCUAGUUCCCUAAGGUACUAUGGUUUAGGGCUUGAAAAUGGACCGUAUACAGUAAAACUGCACUUUGCUGAAAUAGACAUUCGAGAUACAGAGAGCUGGAUGAGUAUUGGAAGACGCGUUUUUGAUGUUUCUGUGCAGGGGAAUAAAGUAUUGACGAAUUUCAACAUCCAAAAGGAGGCAGGAGGUUCAUUUAUACCAGUUGAACGGUCUUUCGGGACAAAUGUGACUGAAAAUUUCCUGGAGAUACAUUUUUUCUGGACUGGGAAGGGAACAUGCUGUAUUACAAAACCAGGAACCUACGGACCUUUAAUAUCAGCCAUUAGUGUUACGUCUGAUUUCACUCCUACCGUUACAGAUCGUCCACCUUCCAACUUCCCUCGGAAGAAACUCAAGAGUCGAUUAGCGAUUGGAAUUAUUUUAGGUGGAAUAGCUGCUGUUUUGACAUGUUUUGUUUUUAUCAUUUUGUGGCGGAGGAGAGUCAGAAAGUCUUUAGAAGCGCGUAGUCAGGAACAAGAAGCACUUAGAGGAAUCCAGGCAAAACUGAACAUUUUCAGCUACACUGACAUGAAAAAUGCAACAAGCGAUUUUCAUGAAGAAAAUAAGUUGGGCCAGGGAGGAUAUGGUAAAGUUCAUAAGGGCAUUCUUCCAGAUGGUAAAUUAGUAGCAGUGAAGCAGCUAUCAUCUGAAUCUAAGCAAGGAAAGUGCGAGUUUAUAAAUGAGGUAAUUGCAAUAUCUGCAGUGCAACACAGGAACCUUGUUGAAUUGCAUGGAUGCUGUGUAGAAGGAGAACAUCGCAUUUUAGUCUACGAAUGUCUGGAAAACAACAGCCUUGCACAAGCUUUAUUUGGUAAUAAAAAACCUGAAGUCCACCUGGACUGGCCUACUCGGCACAAAAUCUGCAUAGGAAUUGCACGUGGGCUUGCUUAUCUUCAUGAGGAGUCCAGUGUUCGAAUAGUGCAUCGAGACAUCAAAGCCAGUAACAUCCUGUUGGAUAACUCUCUGAACCCUAAAAUUGCUGAUUUUGGGUUAGCUAAGCUAUUUGAUGAAACCAAAACUCAUAUCAGUACCAGAGUUGCUGGCACGAUAGGAUAUCUGGCUCCGGAGUAUGCAUUGCGAGGUCACCUCACAGAAAAGGCUGAUGUUUUCAGCUUUGGGGUUGUUGCUUUAGAAGUGGUGAGCGGUAGGAGUAAUACAGAGACAACCUUGCCACGAGAGAGUGUCUAUCUUCUGGAAUGGGCUUGGCAACUGCAUGAGAAAGAGAGACUGCUGGAAUUGAUGGAUCCGCAACUAAGACCAACAUACAUAGAAGAAGAAGUCCUCAGAGUUAUUGGAGUAGCCCUUCUUUGCACACAAGCUUCGCCUGCGAUGCGCCCGUCAAUGUCUCGAGUGGUAGCAAUGCUGACUAGUGAUGUGGAGGAAAUUCCUGUUGCUUCUCAGCCUGGUUACAUUACAGAUUGGCAGUACAACAACCAUUUGGCUUCUCAAGAUUCUGGAAGCACAUCAAUUGCACUAACACCACAGCGGAGAAGUACAGAAAUCUUGCUGCCCGUUGCAUUGUUCUCACCUGAAAAUGAGGAUAUAACCCCAUCAAUGAUUCCCUAGACUUUAGGAGAUGAACCCGAGAAACAAUAUGGAGACCAUUAAAUGUAGCAGUACCCGUAUUCAUAGACUCAUGCAAUAUCUAUAAUUGACCUUCACCGUAUCCUAUAUGAUGUGUAAGGGCAGGUCCCCAUGUUACAAAGUUUAUUUUUGUUCAUAGCACCUGUCCAAUAUUUCAGGAGCAAUUUAUUUAUCUGUCGGCUUCGUGGAUAUUUAAUUUUGUUACUUAUAUUUUAAGCUAUUAUCUUAAA